AUGGAAUUUGACUGGGGAUUCAAGAACCCAGGGCCUAAGACGCAAAAGUACGAGGAAGAAGUGUCAUCAUUCUUUUAUUCACAAAACAUUAAUCCUUACAUCUGCCGAAAACUUCCCGAGUAUCUUAUGCAAGUUCCGCAACUGACUAACGUACAAGUAAAAGAGAAAUCUUGCGGUCUAGGCGAGUGGGAUGGUCAGCUGGGCGAAAUG